GAAGUCACUGGGGGGUGGUCCCAGUCACUCAGGUGACAGCAGGGGGGGACAGUCCUUCUGAAGUCACGGUGGGGGUGGCAUCCCAGUCCCUCGGUGACAGUGGGGGGAGUCCCGUUCCCGCGAUGCUCCUUCAGCCCCUCAUGGCGGGGGUGGGGCGGGGCCUCUCCCCUCACGACGGGGCUCUCGCGCCGCCUGCACGUGCCCUCCUCACGCUGCGCAUGCGCGAGGCUCCUCCGCCCCGCCCACCAGGCUCCCUGAGCCCGCCAAAGCGGCGCGCRCCCAUUGGCUGCCUCUUUCCCGGUCGUCCCGCGUGACGGGCGUCGCCAUGGCAACCGGCCAAUGGGCAGCGCGCGCGUGACGAGCGGGUGGGCGGGGCUCCGGCGGCGGCAGCGCGCGCGCUUUUUCGGCCGCUGCUUCGGCCCUGGCGGGCGCCGGAGCCGCCGCCAUGAGCGGGGCCGGGGCCGGGGCGGACGGGCCGUCCCCGGCCAAGCUCCGCCGCCUGGACACGCCCACCGGGAAGGGACCUGCCGCUGCCGUUACCCGCGGGGAGACGGCCCGUUCCCCCAUCCCCGCCGGAGGUCGUGGUGAGGGCCGCGGCGCGCGCGCGCGGGUCGACGGGUCCGGGCAUGCGCGGGGCUGUGGAAAGCGUGCGCGCGCGCCCUCUGGCGGCAGUCCGGAGAUCGCGGCUUCGGCCGGGGAAGGGCUGGACAACCCCGGGGAGGGGCUGGACAGGCCCGGGGAGGGCACGGUGGGGCCGAAAACCACCGGAGAGGCCAUGGGCAUCCUGGAGACCACCGAGGAGGCCAAGGGGWGCCUGGAUACCUCCAUCACCGACUGCAUGGAGCAGGAAAAAGAGGGCCUGGAGACCACUGGUGGGCUUAAAGGGAGUGUGGAGACCAUCAAUCAAUGCAAAGGGAGCCUGGAGACCACCAGUACCGAUGGCUUGCAUAAAGGGUGUUUGGAGACCACCAGUGAGGCCAUGGGGGAUGUGGAAAUUGCCGUCACACAUUCCCUGGAGCAGGAUGAGAGUGUCCUGGAGACUCCCAUGGAAUCCAAUGGAAGCCUGGACACCACCGGAGAGGCCAUGGGCGGUCUGGAGACCACCAGCGAGGUUACAGGGAGCCUUGGGAGCACCAAUGGGCGCAAAGGGAGCCUGGAGACAGCCGUCACUCGCUGCUUGGAGCAAGGGAGAAGGAGCAAGGAAGGCCUGGAGACAGCCAGCAAGAUCCUGGAGAGCACGGAGAAUGAUGCUUCCCCUGGUGGGGGCCUGAAAAACACCAGCAGGCGCAAGGGGAAGACCCCUGUGAGGCCCAAGGGGAGUGUGGAGACUGCUGGUACCCAGUGCUUGGAUUGGGAGGGGAAGGGGGGCCUGGAGACCACCAGYGAAGUCUUGGUGGGCACAGAGACCACCAGGGAGGACACAGAGAGCCUGGAGACCACCAUCAUUGGCCACGUGAAGCGGAACAGAGAGCAGAAAGGGGGCCUGGAGACCACCACGGAGCCCGAGGAGGGCCUGGAGCCCACCCCCACAGCCUGUGUGGGGCARAGCCGGGGUGGCCCUGGGCUCCCAGACCUCGUGGGGGUCCCAGAACCCGCGGGGGUCCCGGUUCCCAAGGAGCAGGUGGCCGAGGAGAGCGCGGUGAUCUCCCUGGGCGAGGAUGAAGACGAKGAGGAGGAGGAGGAGCGGGAYGAAGGGCCGGCGCGGUACCUGGCRGCRYUGGAGGCCGUGCAGCUGGAGCUGGAGGCCGUGGAGGAGGAGGCAGCUCGAGCCUUCCGCCGUCUCCGCACCCGCUUCUGCCUCCGCCGCCGGCCACACCUGCAGCGCCGCAACCGCCUCAUCCAGCACAUCCCCGGCUUCUGGGUCACCGCCUUYCUGAACCACCCGCAGCUCUCGGCCAUGAUCAGCGACCGCGACGAGGAUGCGCUGAGCUACAUGACGAGUUUGCAGGUGGAGGAGUUCGGCCAGAGCCGCCCCGGGUGCCGCAUCCGGUUCUUCUUCAGCGUCAACCCGUAUUUCCAGAACGAUGUCGUGGCCAAGGAGUUCAUACGCGGCCCCUCCGGUCACCUGGUGUCCCACUCGACCCCGAUCCGGUGGUGGCAGGGGCAGGACCCCCGUUCUCGCCCCAACAAGGGCACCCCAGCCCCCCGCAGCUUCUUCGCGUGGUUUGGGGACCACAGUUUCCCUGCGGGGGACCGUGUGGCUGAGAUUAUCAAGGAGGAGCUUUGGCCCAACCCACUCCAGUUCUACCUGCUGGGGGAGGGCGCUGAGGGACCCCCUGACAGUGAGAGUGGCGAGGACUGUGUGGUGAUCCUGGAUGACGAYGAGGAUGUGCAGGAGAUCCCGGACGAUGGGGACGGCAGUGGCGUCGAAGAGGUCCCAACUGAGGAGCCCCCCAACCCCCCCGUGGGACAGAAAGACUCCAACAGGGGCAGAAUCUAAUUGGGGGUGGAAUUUGGGGGUGCUGCACAUCUCCUCCCCCUCUGUCCCCCCCAGCAUUGCGGGUAAUGAGGGGCUGGGGGCCCCCAACACAGCUCAGGGUGUUUGAAGGCCUUUCAAUCCCCCCCCUUCCCCCCAAACCUUUCAUGACCCCCUCCCAGGGACCCCCAAUCUCCCCAGCUCCAUCACCUGGGGGGUGGGGGGGGGUCCCCCCAAAUCCCUCCCCAAGACACACCACCCACCAGGGAAAAAAAACAACCAUUUCCUGACCAUUUUUGUACAUUUUGGGUUAAAAACUUGUAAAAUUUUCUUUUUUUAUCUAAAAAUAUAUUAUAAUAAAGAGAAAGUUUUAACAGAG